GUUGAGGUAUUAAGAACUAAGGUGCAAGCAGAGACGAGGAAAAGACACAGAAAUAAAAGGCUGAUUGGAGAGCACAACAAUGAACAUCAUCCCAAGCUUAAGUGCUGGAACCUGGGCACUACUUGUUCUCUUCCUGACUCUCUUGUUUCUAUAUGGGACCUGGACACACAAGCUCUUUAAGGACCUGGGAAUUCCAGGACCAACACCUCUUCCUUUCUUUGGCACUGUUCUUUCUUAUCGCAAAGGUAUGGCAAAUUUUGACAUGACUUGUUUUAAAAAAUAUGGGAGAACCUGGGGGUUUUUUGAUGGCAGACAACCUGUGUUGGCCAUCACGGACCCAGAGACUAUCAAAUCAGUGCUGGUAAAAGAGUGCUAUUCUGUCUUCACCAAUCGUCGGAGAUUUGGUCCAGCAGGGAUUUUGGAGAGUGCUAUCUCAAUUGCUGAAGAUGAUCAGUGGAAGAGGAUUCGAACAGUGUUAUCUCCAACAUUUACAAGUGGAAAACUCAAGGAGAUGUUUCCCAUCAUUAACCAAUAUGGAGAUGUGUUAGUGAAGAACAUGCAGAAGGAAGCAGAGAAAAGCAAGCCUGUAACCCUGAAAGAAAUUUUUGGGGCUUACAGCAUGGAUGUGAUCACCAGCACUUCAUUUAGUAUCAAUGUUGAUUCCUUGAAUAAUCAGAAUGAUCCCUUUGUCAGAGAAAUCAGGAAGUUACUUAAAUUCAAUUUUCUGGACCCACUCCUACUUACAAUAACACUUUUUCCAUUCCUUGUUCCUUUGUUAAAAACAUUGGAUAUAACUGUAUUUCCAAAAGAAGCAACAGAUUUCUUAGCAAAAUCAAUUAAAAAAAUAAAGGAAGAACGAAAGAAAUGUUCACAGAAGCAUCGCUUAGAUUUUCUUCAGCUUAUGAUGGAUUCUCAGACUUCUAACAAUUCAGAGACACACUCUCACAAAGAUCUGAGUGAUGAGGAACUCCUGGCCCAAUCUAUUAUCUUUCUUUUUGCUGGCUAUGAAACCACCAGUUCAGUUCUUUCUUUUCUUUUUUACAACCUGGCCACCAACCCUGAGAUCCAGCAGAAACUUCAGAAGGAGAUAGAUGCAGUUUUGCCCAACAAGGAAGCGGUCACAUAUGAUGCCGUGGUACAGAUGGAGUAUCUAGACAUGGUGAUAAAUGAAAAUCUCCGCCUAUUUCCCAUAGCUGGCAGGAUUGAAAGGGUUGCUAAGAAAACUGUUGAGCUCAAUGGACUAAGGAUUCCUAAAGGCACAGUGGUGAUGGCCUCACCCUUUGUCCUCCAUCAUGACCCAAAAUAUUGGCCAGAGCCAGAGGAGUUCCGUCCGGAAAGGUUCAGCAAGGAAAACAAGGAGAGUAUUAACCCCUAUGUGUACCUUCCCUUUGGUGCUGGUCCCCGAAAUUGCAUUGGGAUGAGAUUUGCACUUAUGAGUAUGAAAGUUGCAACUUGCCGACUCCUGCAGGAAUUUUCCUUUAGAACUUGUAAAGAAACACAGAUUCCUCUGAAGAUGAGCAAUCAGCCACUUCUUACACCAACUGUACCUAUUGUCCUGCAGGCUGUCCCAAGGUCCAAGAAGGCCAACUAACAUUAGAAGUUCUUCUUUUCAUUCUACUCUCGCAUAUCUACAAUCAUGCCCCAGAUAUCUCUUCUAUAGUCUAGAGACUCUGAAUCCUAGGAUUUCAAAAGUAACUUAAUGUACCUCAUGAACCAAAGAAAAAGGAAUUUUUUUUAACCAUAGGAGAGGAGUAUUUAGAUAUUUCAGAUAGUCUUUUGGAGAUCUUUAUAUUUGGGGGCUAUUGUACAAUGUUCAGUGGUAUCAAGUGUCAUAUACACUGAUCCAGCUGAUCAUGUUCCCAAAGAAAUGAUCCCCACCAUAUUAGUACCACUUGAUAAUACUAAGCUAUAGUGAUUCAAUGGGUGAACAUAGAAAAAACAGUGAAUUGAAUUUCUAUUCAUUAUUUUUAUCAGCAAUAGUCCUUGAUAAUUACAAUUGUAGUGAAUGUGGUAAUAUUUGGGGGAGCAUAUUGCUUAUUUUUAAUAUUCUGCAUUUGACCAAAGCAUACCAUUUUUGAUUUCUGUUUUUCAGUUUUUUCUUUGCAU